CGUAAUCUAAAGAAAAGAGAAAGUACCCAAAUUAGUACCAACAUCAACAAUUAAUUACUAAUAUACAAAUAUCAUACGAUUUCUUGACUUUACUACAAAAAGUAUCUCUAUUUGAUUUUGUGGUAGUACCUAGUGUGUGAUAUAAUUUAUAAGUACCUACCUAGCAAAAAAAAGUAGGUAUCUAAUUUGGUUGAGUGUGGUACUACUGGUACUCGAAUAACUUAGUUAACUCUAAAAAUGACGGCAGGAACUUCCAAUAUAAGCAACGAUAUAAAGAAAGAGAUAUGUUAUGCGGAAUCCCUUUGCCAAGAAUUGGAAAAAAAAGUACAAACCCUGGAAAAAAAAUUGAAACAAGACGAUACUAGCCAACAAUCAGCCAGAAAGAAGCAAGAUCUAACAACGGAAUUGAAGGAAAUGCAAAAAUUACUAAAGAAACACACAGAGCAGUUGGAGCAUUUGAGAACUCAUAAUUCGAAGCCAUUGAAACUUGUUAUGCUAGUUAGCAUUGUGAUUUUUAUUACUUGGAUGAUUGUUGUUUUGAUAUACAAUUGGGAAAAAUCGAAUGAGCUUCUGAAAACAGAAGGAAAAAUAUUUCUAAUGAAACUUUCUCACGAAACCGUUACGAUGGAGUUGAAAAACGGCACCCAAGUGCACGGCACAAUCACCGGCGUGGACGUGGCCAUGAACACUCACUUGAAAGCAGUGAAAAUGACUCCCAAAAAUCGAAAUCCCCUUAAUCUGGAUACGCUGACGGUGAGAGGUAACAAUAUCCGAUAUUACAUCCUUCCGGACAGUCUUCCUUUGGAAACGCUGCUCAUAGAUGACACACCGAAAGCUAAAGCUAAAAAGAAGGAUGCUGCUAGGGGUGCUGCCAGAGGCAGAGGACGUGGUAGAGGUAGAGGUGGUCCUAGAGGACGUGGUAGAGGUAGAGCAAGGAGAUAAGUUAAGAGUUAAGGGUGCAAACGAAACAAUUUUUAAUGUAAGUGAUUAUUUGAGUGUAAAUUGAUCAAUUAAGUACCCAAGUUUAUAUUUAUAAUCAAAUUAUUUUAAUUUUUUCCCAUGCCUACUAGAUCCUAGAUAUUGAUUUAAUAUUUGAUAUUUGAAGCUUUCAAUGUAAUAUCAUUGUUUUUUUCAUAUAAUAUUUUCUUUGUUUAAUAUUGAUUAUCAGGUACUUGUCAGUGUUUCUUGAGAACCGAUAAACCUAACUUAUUCUAGGACUUUUUUUUUAUGAAAGAAUAAUUUAAUAAAAAUAUUCAACUUGAUCCAUUAUGGAACUGGAA